AUGGCUAGGAUGGAUAUCCUUGAUCCUGAAACUUCGAAAGCCUCUAUUUUAAUCAAUGGGUCCCCUAGUGGUUAUGUGAGGUAUCAAAGAGGUUUGAGACAGGGUGAUCCUCUAUCGUCGUUGUUGUUCGUGCUAGUCGCGGAUGUGUUGUGUACCAUGUUUGACAAUGCACUGAACUCUCAAAUCUUGAUCGGUGUACCUCUGGGAGAGUACGGACGUAUUUGUAAUUUGCACUAUACAGAUGACCUCUUGGUAAUGACGGUUGGGAGGAGGGGGGCUGAGGAUCUCAGGGUGAUCAAGUUGAUCCUUCUGGUCUUUGAAGGGCUCUCUGAUCUGGAAACUAAUUUCUCCAAAAUGUGCCUUUAUACCACUAAUUUGCAUCAACUCCCUCAUGUUAGUGAAGCUAAGAUGGUCAACUAUGAUGUGGGCCUUCUUCCAGUUACUUAUCUAGAAUUGUGGCUUGGAAGAACAUCUGUCGUGCAAAGGAGCAAGGAGGGUGGGGUAUAUUGGAGUUAUCGUCCUUCAAUCUGGCCUUGUUGGGGAAAUGGAGAUGGAAGAGGAUGUGUUUCGGUUCAAAUCAAAUUUGGAGCUGAGUUGCUUUUCUGGAAGGACAGAUGGCUCAAUGGUCUUGCACUGAUGUUUAUCUGGCCCGAAGACUUCUCGGCAUCUUCUAUGCCUCACGGGAUGGUUCGGGAGCUGGCUUUGUUACUUGAUAGGCCGUUGUUUGCGAACGACCCAGGAGUUGCGCAGCUGCUUACUAACCUGAACGCGGCCUCGCGGAGUGAUAGGGAUGUAAAGGUUUGGGGCCUGAUGGCCAACAGGUCCUUCUCGGUUAAGUCAUUCUACUAUCUCUUGAAUGAGGGAGGACUGCGGUGUCCCCUGGCUAACACAUUUUGA